UUUUUUCUGCAAGAAAAGAAAAAUUCUUCUUUUAUGUUUGCGUUUGUUUGCUGAGACUCCUUUCGCCUUGAUUCAUCUACAGAGAGAAUUCCGUGCCGGAAUUUUUCUCGUCUUACUUUUCCCUUUUUUCUGUUUGUUUCCCGAGAAAAUACGGAAAAAAAAAAAACAGAACGCACCCAUCUCUCGGAACCCACCAAUUCAACCUUUUUACAGAGUCAAUUAGCCAAACAAAAAUUCCCAUGGAAAGUGACAAAGUAUCCGUGAUCCACCUCUGCCUGUAUCAUAGCUAAUAUCUCUCUGCACUUUAUCUUUGGAAAUUUUUUUAUCCAUAGUCCCGAUUUUAUCUGGUUUCCGCUUUCACGUGAUUUCAAUUUUUUUGCGUGGUAGAUUCAUUUGCUUAAAUCCUAAGACUCCGCUGCUUUUCCACGCCUAUAUAUAUAGCUGCUCACAUAAGAUUGUUCUAUAUUUCCUCUUUCACGUAUACUGUGUUCUCUGUGGCUGAAUGUGACUGAGGCUUUUAUGUCUUGAAUUGCGUAUGAUCGUUUCUGGGUUUUGCUUUGAUUGAGUAACUUUCUCUUGAAUAUUUUCUCUCCUUUUUCCCCGUUUUGUUAGUUUUGCAAUCAAUUCUGAGUUCAGGGUUUUGUGGGUUCUUGUUUAUUUCACUUGAAUUGCUUUACUUCCUUCCGUGGAUUCUGAAUCUGGGUUUGGUGAUUGAGGUUUUGGUUUAUGGGUUUCUGAUAAUUUUUUCAAGUGGGUAUGGUUUAAAUUUGAACUUGGCUUGCAAAUUUAGCUACCUUUCUGUUCUUGAAUUUGGGGAAAAAGACUAUGUAUUUCCUUGUCCUAAGUAAAGAUAGAAGAAUGAAUAGGCUGUCGGCUCUGGUACUGGUCGCUCUGUUGUUCAUAUGUGGAGUUACUGUUGCCAAAGAGUGCACAAACUAUCCUACGCAGCUCUCGUCGCAUAGUUUCCGCUAUGAACUCUUGAAUUCGGACAACGGAACACUGAAGAACGAGAUGUUUGCUCAUUACCAUUUGACUCCAACUGAUGAGACAGCUUGGGCCAGUUUGCUCCCAAGAAAGAUUUUGAGACAAGAUGACGAUGAAUAUAGUUGGACUAUGAUGUAUAAAAACAUCAAGAACCAUGGAGGGGCUGGAGCCAACACCUCGGGGAACUUCCUCAAGGAAGUUUCUCUGCACGAUGUUAGAUUGGACCCGAAUUCAAUCCAUUGGAGGGCACAACAGACGAAUCUCGAGUAUCUUUUGAUGUUGGACAUUGAUAAUUUAGUGUGGAACUUUAGAAAGACUGCUGGUCUCGAUGCUCCGGGAGAGUCCUACACAGGAUGGGAAAAGCCGAGCAGUGAGCUCCGUGGCCAUUUCAUCGGGCACUACUUGAGUGCAACGGCUUAUAUGUGGGCGAGCACUCGCAAUGAUACUCUCAAGGAGAAAAUGACGUCCCUCGUCUCUGCUCUGUCCGAAUGCCAACAGAAAAUAGGCACAGGAUAUCUUUCUGCUUUUCCUACCGAGUUCUUUGACCGGUUUGAAGCCGUGCAGCCCGUCUGGGCUCCCUACUACACAAUUCACAAGAUUUUGGCCGGUCUGGUGGAUCAAUACAAGCUUGCCGGCAGCAAUCAAGCUUUGAAGAUGGCUACUUGGAUGGCAGAUUACUUCUAUGAUCGUGUUCGUAACGUCAUAAGAAAAUACAGCAUUGAACGACACUGGAAAUCACUAAACGAGGAGACUGGAGGAAUGAACGAUAUUCUUUAUCAGCUAUUCGGAAUCACUGGAGAAUCGAAGUACUUGUUCCUCGCCCACCUCUUUGACAAGCCUUGCUUUCUUGGAGUGCUUGCUAUCCAGGCUGAUGAUAUAUCCGGCUUCCACACAAACACGCAUAUUCCUAUUGUAAUCGGAUCCCAACUUCGGUAUGAAAUCACUGGUGAUCCACUGUAUAAGGAAAUAUCGACGUUUUUUAUGGACAUUGUCAACUCUUCUCACAGCUACGCAACCGGAGGGACCUCAGUGUCUGAGUUCUGGACUGAUCCACAGCGACUGGCAAGCACUCUCCAAACUGAAAACGAGGAAUCAUGUACGACUUAUAACAUGCUCAAGGUAUCUCGGAAUCUCUUCAGGUGGACGAAAGAAGUGGUUUAUGCAGACUAUUACGAGCGUGCUUUAACAAAUGGUGUGCUUGGAAUUCAACGAGGGACAGAGCCUGGGAUCAUGAUCUACAUGCUCCCGUUGGGUCACGGUGUUUCCAAGGCCGUGUCUGGCCAUGGUUGGGGAACACUGUACACAUCUUUCUGGUGUUGCUAUGGCACUGGGAUUGAAUCUUUCUCAAAACUAGGAGAUUCCAUAUAUUUUGAAGAAGAGGGGGGAUCUCCCGGCCUUUAUGUUGUCCAGUACAUAUCGAGUUCUCUCGAAUGGAAAUCGGUCGGUGUUUCACUAACUCAGAAAGUUAAACCAGUCGUCUCUUGGGAUCCGUAUCUUCGUGUGGCAUUCACAUUUUCUUCCAAACAGGAGACGGGCAAAAAAUCAACUCUGAAUCUAAGAAUUCCGGUUUGGACGAAUUCCGAUGGCGUUAAAGCAUCUUUGAAUGGACAGUCUCUGGAAGUACCAGCUCCAGGAAAUUUCCUAUCGAUUACACGAAACUGGAAAUCCAGCGAUCAAAUUAGCAUGGAGUUACCAUUGAGUAUCAGAACCGAAGCCAUAAAAGAUGACCGGCCUGAGUUCUCGUCUCUACAGGCCAUACUUUACGGGCCUUAUUUGCUAGCCGGUCACACUACCAAAGACUGGAGCUACAAAACUCAAGCGAAAGCCGAGAAAUGGGUAACCCCGAUCCCGGAUUCUCAAAACAAGUACCUUGUCACCCUCACACGACAAUCUGGCCACUCCAUUUUCGUGUUGGCGAAUACCAACCAGACCAUCACGAUGCAAGAAUCGCCAGAGCCGGGCACACAGGAGGCUGUCCAUGCCACUUUCAGGCUUGUGGACACUGAUUCCGCUUCCCACGAAAAGCUCUCAGGUCCAGAGGAGCUAAUCGGGAGACAAGUCAUGCUCGAGCCGUUUGAUUUCCCAGGCAUGUUUGUGAUGCAAGCAAGUAACACUACCGCCCUCUUGGUUCAAGACUCUGCCUCUUCCGACAAGGAACCUUCUGGGUUCCGCCUGGUCCCGGGACUGGACGGGAAGCAAGGAACCGUCUCGUUGGAACUACAGGGCCAGAAAGGUUGCUUUGUCUACACAGAUACAAACCCUAAAACUGGCAUGAAACCGAGGAUUGAAUGCGGUUCUGAUACAUCGGACGAGGGAUUCAACCGGGCUGCGAGUUUUACGAUGAAGAAAGGGAUCUCUCAGUAUCAUCCGAUGAGUUUUGCGAUGACAGGAGCCGAGAGGAACUUUGUGUUGUCGCCAUUGUUCAACUUUAGAGACGAGUAUUACAAUGUGUACUUUGACGUGCAGUACUUGAAGAACAACUAGUGGUGGUGGUGCUUCAGUGUUAGGAGCAGAAUAAGAGAGGCUAAGUUCGGUCCUGUCAUGAUUUGGUUCUAGGGUUUGUGUUAGAAUAAGUUUUUUUUUUAUUUUUUUUUUCAGGUGCAAUUGGAUUAAUAUAAAUAUAUUUCAAAUGCAUUUGAAAUGAUGUUAGGAAAUUUGGUUAUUAGAACAUUCGGAGAUAUUAAAAUUCGAAUCUAAACAUUUAGCAUUGUAAUUGGAAAUUUGAUGUGGUGUUGGGUGGGUGUGAA